AUGCACCUGCCUAUCACCGCCCUUGAAACUCUACUCAUAAGAGACCGUCGCAUCAUCUUAGCUGGUCAAGGGCCCCAUCUCCACCUCUACAACGCAUCUACCGGGCAGCAACUGGGGACGCAUCAAAUCUUUCCUGUCCAGCCGAUCCACCAUAUCACGCACCAAGACUUCCCUGAUGAACCGACGAUCGUAGUAGGGGGUGGUCGUUUCAUUGCUUUGCUUUCACUUCAGGAUGCCGGUGAGGGUGGUGUGGCCGUCCGAGUUGAAUCACGGCAUCAAAUCAAUGCCAAGGAAUGGAUCUUGCGACUACAUCCGCACGACGGCUGCUUCCUGCUCCUGACAGCCAACAAUGUGCUUUUUCAGUUACAGUCAGAAGUGCCGUCGCGUGAGUUGCACACCAUCGGUGAGCUGGCUAGGGGUCCUGGGUCAUUCCUGUACUCUGGCGAUGUCGCAUCCAUCUCUAGCAACCAGCUCUUGGUAGCUGCUGGGUCAGUUUUUGGUGAAGUGCUGGUGUGGACAUGCCAGCGGAUCAGCGAAGACACAUCAUCUGAGUGGAUCACACACACAACGCACCGCUUCGAAGGCCAUACUGGCUCGAUCUUUGGCGUCCGAAUCUCAGAGGAGCUGAGAUGGGAUGGGAAGCAGGCAAGAUUCGUGGCGAGCUGUAGUGACGAUCGAACGGUACAGGUGUGGGACGUCAGUGACUAUGACGAGCCGAAUUUGAGCGUCGAUGGCGUGACAGAAGUCAUAAAUACUGGCUUUGGCCAAGACGCGCAGGAGAUCCGGCAUCGCGUUGCCACAGGAUGGGGCCAUCAGUCGCGCAUAUGGGACGUUAAUUUCCUGUCCGACUCUGAUGCCGACGAUGGGAAACUCACUAUGAUGACACGAGGCGAGGAUGGUACAUGUCAGUUGUGGACUACCUCGUUGCCAGCCAGGGACAGGACGAGCGAGACGUGUGCUAGACUCUCGCCCAUCUCGAACGAUCGACACCACUCCGGCAAGAAUAUCUGGGCCUGGACGAAAUAUAGCGAGGCCGCCACCACUAUCAUUCUCUCCGGGGGCGCAGAUGGCCGGGUCGUCAAGAGACAAAUCGAGCGUGAUGCAGCUAACGCCUGCGAUAGGAGACUGCAAGCGUUCAAGCUGCCGUUUAAACAGCUACCACUCCCCGCAGCGUCCCAGUCAUUGAAGGACUACAUUAUCGUUGAAGGUGCAGGGGGCGAUGAGGUGCUGGCAUUGACAGCCGCAGGCGCUAUUGUUCGCUGCCGCCCGGGCGAGGAUGGUACGGAGCGCUGGGACGUACUUGCUGACGGAUCUCAGAGGCGACUCACGAAACUCUGCAGUAAUUCACCGGCCAGUACCUUGAUUGCUGCUGCUACAAACGGGGUACUGAUCCGGAUAGAAGGCACGAAGGGGGCUUUUGUGGAACUCCCACACAUGAAACCGCAAGCGGUGGCUUGGAUCCAAGUUGCCGGUGCACUUGAAAAUCGGCAACAGGGGAAGCUGCAAUUAUGUAUCGUCAUUACGUCAAUGACCGGCACCGUCUGCGUCGUCUGGAUCCAACAGGAGCUGGGGGACAUCCAAAGCAAAUCACAAAUCCUCAACUUACCAGACCAUUUUGCCGUCACAAGUUCCUGCUACGACUUCGAGGCCGACGUUCUUGUCCUAGGGUCCAGGGCCGGAGCCGUCGCCACUUACCCGCGACUCAAGCAUGAUGUGUCCGAGUCUACACAACCGAUCUGCAUCCGACACGUACAUGGCAACGACGCGGUCACGUCACUGCAGUUUAUCGGAGACCUAUCAACAGAUCGCGGAAUGUACGUGCUUUCUACGGGCCGAGACGGCAGAUAUGGCAUUCAUUGCAUUACCACGAACUCGGAAGAAAGAUCGGUUACUUUCCACACAGUGCAUUGCUCUUGCCCUCCGUUCGGUCCAUACGUGGAAGGGGCGACUGUGGUAAGUGCUGGCUCAGAAGGUCAGACAAAUCUCGUUCUCCACGGCUUCAGGUCCAAAGAAUUCGUGGUCUGGAACGAGACAAUGCAGCUCGAUGUCUUUUCCGUCGACUGCGGCGGUGCGCAUCGCAGUUGGGCCUAUCGACAGAAUAGAUCCCGUAGACAAGCGGGCGGAACAUUUGUCUGGACAAAGGCAAGUACUUUCAAUUUACAUUCAGAAGAGUCACUUCACCGUCAAGUUAUCCAGACAGGAGGUCAUGGCCGAGAGAUCAAGGCUCUAGCCACCUACCCACUACAAUACUCUGAUCCAGGUCGAGGUAUCCUACAUGCCUCUUUGAUUGCGACUGGUGCCGAAGAUACAACCAUCCGUAUCUUCGCCGUCAAUCCCGAAAUGGACCGAUCUGGAUGUGAAACACAGCUGACACAGCUUUGCACGAUGAAUGACCACAGCGCUGGGCUACAGGAUCUGGUAUUUUCACCCUGCGGAACGUACCUUUUCAGCUGCGGAGGUGCCGAGCAACUCUAUGCAUGGCGCCUCACAACCGAGGUGCCAGCUGUGGGCAUUGGCAGUGUCCUGCAGGACAAGAUGCCGCAGACGGACGAGGACUCUGAUGUCCGAAUCAUGAGCUUGAGUGUUCGUCCUGACCUGGCAGAGGAGCAGACGAGUGGUGCCGAAGUGAGAUUCCGACUAGCAGCUGCUUAUUCGAACGGAAAAAUAAAGGUUCUACGAUAUUCGCCAGGGAAGCUGCCAGGAGAAGGUAUCUGGGAGCUCGAGCGGCAAGUACUGCUCGGAGCCUUCUGCUUGAUGCAGAUCUUCGAUGUCCCUUUGUCAACCGUAGGUUCCGAAGUUGAGAGGAAGUACCUGCUUUCCGCAGGCACAAACGGAUUCCUAAACUUGGCCAACGUCGAGACCUCUAGUGAAGGGUCUGCACAAGCUAUGGCUGUGCACAGUGUGCAUCAAUCCAGCAUACUUGCCAUGGACGUGGUAAGUAUGGGUGUGGACAUAUCGUUCAUCGCGACGGGAGGCGACGACAACGCUCUCGGGUUGACAAUCAUGUCUACUGAUUCAGAAUCAACAACAGCCUUCGCGACUGUUCGUGUUUGUGAUGCACAUGCGGCGGCAUUGACUGCUCUCACGAUUGUUCCUCUCCUUCAACACGGCGGUGACUGGCGGGUGCGGGUGGUCACGGCCGGGAAUGACCAGAAAGUCAAGGUCUGGGAUGUCGUGGUACCUCCAGGCACAAGAGGUAGUGCAUCUGAGAUCCGAGUGCUCAAGUUGCGAGAGUGGUGGACCGGUGUGGCUGAUGUGAGCUCCAUUGACACAGUGAAGUCGGCGAUAGUGGUGACAGGAGUUGGCAUCGAGGUCAUGGACCUGAAGCUUGACGAUCCUUGA